CUUGCCAAAACACCAUAAAGUUGUGUAAAUGACUGUUUGACCUUUCUUAUCAAGCCAGUGUGUCUAGCUAACGGCAAUGAACAUGUCUCUACUACGCGUAUGUGCUUCUACAUCGAUUUUUCGUGCGACCCAAGGGUUAUUCAUGGAGUCUGCUUUUACAGGAUGCUUGCGGACAGCAAGUGGAGCAGCGAAGGACAAGGAGCCACUGCGCAAGGCCAAAACCCCCCAGGGCCGCUUUGACAUGAAUGAUGAGAAGACAAAGGAUCCCCUUGAAAAGUUUCCUGAUGAUGUGAACCCAGCCACUAAGGAGCAGGGGGGGCCCCGAGGCCCAGAACCCACGCGCUACGGGGACUGGGAGAGGAAGGGCCGCUGUGUCGACUUCUAGUUUCCAUUCCUGGUGUAUUACACAUGCAAUGUGGACAUACCUUAGCUAUAACUUAUGCAUCUAUGUCUGAGGAUUGUUGUGCAAGAGACCAGGAAUAGUGCACCAUACUGAAUCAGGCUGGACUAUUUCCCCAUGAACCAUACAAUCUGAUUUGUAUUUCACAUUUAUACACAUGUAGUCUGUAGAACAGUCUCGCUUACUUUUUAUGGUGCAAUACUCACUUUGCACACUGAUAUUGUCUUUGUUGAAAUGUAUGAUGAUGAUGAGACAUGAUGACCUAGUGAACAGUAAAGGCUGCUGAGGGAGGAUGGCAAAAAGCUGUUUGAUUCCAUUCUGAACAAUUUUAUGAGCCGUCCUCCCCUCAGCAGCCUCCACUGAUAGUGAACGAUUGUCAUGCAAGGUUAUUGCUUCCUGUACAGAGAUGUCAAUGUUGUGAAUAAAUGCAAUGUAAAAAAUU